UCAAGAAAAUUCAACCUCCUCCUCCUUCCUUAACCUUACAUGAGCAAUGGGUCCAUGCAAGAAUGUAAACACGAAAUCAAUUCAAUUAUUUCGAAUCAAUCAUAAGAGAUUGAUCACUAGUCCUACCAAUCUCAUAAUUUUCCGCUUGUAUAAUUGCUCUUGCAGAGGACCCGAAAAAGCCAACACAGACACAGAGACACGGUUACUGUGUGUUACGGCUUUCCACGAACCCCAUCGAGUCAAAUUACUGGUCAGUGGUCACCAACGAUAUUUAUCAUUAAUAAUGCCUCUCCCACUACCAUGAAAACAUACAGUUGUGGCCGUUGAGAAAAACCCUUUUCGCCAUUAAUACACCCCGACGUAUACAUAUCCAGAUACUUAAAGGUUCACAUGCAUAUACGCAGUUGUUAUAUUUGUAUUGAAAUGAAGAACCAAACGUGGUGAUGACCAAGACAGAAGCACUGUUCAAGAGAAAAAAAUUAGUGUAAUCAAAAGCAAGAAAACCAUUUUCAGAAAGUGUUAUAGAAAUUAGCCACAUAUUGAUUUUCUCUAACAGAAAUCAUGGAGGUUGGCUUCAAGAUUUUUCCACUUCUGUUCUUCUUGUUUGUCAACUCUGUUCUUACUCAGACAGUCCCACGACUGAGUUCCAACUCGGAAUGGAGGGCUUUACGAGACCUACGGUCGUCACUGGGAAUUCGAGCGAAGGAUUGGCCUAGAAAAACUAACCCAUGUUUGAAUUGGACUGGAAUAAAAUGCCAAAAUGGUCGUGUAAUUGGAAUAAAUUUAUCCGGGUUAAGAAGAACUCGUGAAGGAAAACUCAAUCCGCUAUUUGCUAUUGAUUCUUUACCCGCUUUUACGUUGUUGUCUUCCUUUAAUUCAUCUGGGUUUUUACUUCCAGGGUCAAUUCCGGAAUGGUUAGGCCAAAGGUUAAGUAAUCUCCAGAUUCUUGAUCUUAGAUCUUGUUCAAUUUAUGGUUCAAUUCCGUCAACAAUUGGAGGUUUAAGUAGGCUUAGGCAUUUAUAUUUAUCGGAUAAUUCGCUUACAGGGCUAAUUCCAGCUGCAUUGGGGAGUUUCUUUUCAUUAUCUAUUCUUGAUCUUUCGAGAAAUCAAUUAACAGGGCGUAUUCCAAGUGACAUUUCAACACUUGGGAAUCUCACUAAUCUUGACCUGUCUUCUAAUUAUCUAUCAGGUGGGAUUCCAAUUGGUUUUGGUUCACUUUCUAGUCUUGAGGUCUUGAAUUUAAGUAAUAAUAGUCUUGGUAGUUCUGUUCCUGCUCAGAUGGGCAAUCUUUCUCAGUUAGUAGUACUUGAUCUUGGAUACAAUUCUUUCUCGGGGUCACUACCGGAGGACUUGACAGGCCUGAGAAGUUUGCAAAGAUUGAUGAUUGGAAAUAAUGAGCUUGAGGGUUCUCCAUUUGAUAUUUUGUCGAAUCUUACUAAACUGGAAUAUAUAGUUCUGAGACGGAAUUAUUUUUCUGGUGAACUUCUUGAUGAUUUAUGGGAAAUGUCCCAUAUGAGACACCUAGAUGUCGCAGGGAAUAAUUUCACUGGUACUUUCCCUGACCUUAAGGCUUCAUUCAAUCCCUCUAAUGCUGUAUUCAAUUUCUCUGAUAAUCUGUUGUAUGGAAAUUUGUUCUCUGGACUUGAGAACUUUCAAUCGAUUGAUCUGUCCAAUAACUAUUUUCAAGGAUUAGCUCCUAAUGAUAGCCGAAGCAGCAUUAUUUUUACUAAUAACUGCUUGUCAAGUGUACCGAGGCAGAGGAAGUCGGAGGACUGUAACAAGUUUUACUCUGAGAGAGGUCUAUUUUUCGGCAACGAAACUGUUCCCAAGCCAUCGGAACCUCCACUAGUGAAACCGGCGAAGAGCAGAAAAAGAUUGACGUAUAUAAUGGUUGGACUUUUUGGUGGACUUGGCUUCGUCGUAAUUCUGGCAGCAGGAGUGUUAUUGUUUAUGAAGACAUGUAGUAUAGGAAGUAGAAAUCAUCAAAGGAAUGCAAAUGAGAGGCCUGUUCGAGGAGGAGGUAGAGAGCCACCUCCAAAGGUUAAUAUUGACUUGUCUGGGCUUGGAGAAUCAUUUUCUCAUGAGCAGAUACUCGAAGCUACAUGUAAUUUUAGUGAUGAAAACCUUAUAAAGCAUGGUCACUCCGGAGAUAUCUUUCUGGGAAUGUUUGAAGGUGGAUACCAAGCAGUUAUCAAGAAAGUUGAUUUAUGUUUGUUGAGUGAAGAAUCAUACAUGGCAGAGUUGGAUUUACUAGGAAAGAUCAAACACCCAAGGUUCGUCCCACUCCUGGGACACUGCUUAGAGAAUGAGAGUGAGAUGUACUUGGUUUAUAAAUACAUGCCAAAUGGAGAUUUGUCCAAUUCCUUCUAUAGGUCACCCAAUUUUGAAGAUGAAAGCUUGCAGUCAUUGGAUUGGAUUACGAGAUUGAAAAUUGCAAUUGGAACUGCUGAGGCCUUAUCGUACUUGCACCAUGAAUGCACUCCUCCACUCGUCCAUAGAGAUAUUCAAGCUAGCAGUAUAUUCCUAGACGACAAAUAUGAAGUACGGCUGGGAAGCUUGAGUGAUGUUUGUGCUCAAGGUGGAGAUAAUCAUAAGAGCAUGAUUGUAAGGUUUCUUCAGACGCCGCAGACUUCAGGAAGACGCCCAUCUGGAUCAUCAUCUGCGAUUUGUGCCUACGAUGUAUACUGCUUUGGAAAGGUCUUACUCGAGCUUGCCUGGUAGGCUUGGCAUCAGCAGCUCAAACGACGCCCAUGCAAAGAAGUGGUUGAUCACCAAUUUAUCGUUCAUCAGUAUAUACGAGAAGGAAUUGGUAGUCAAGAUUGUGGACCAAUCUCUCAUUAUAGACGAGGAUCUUCUUGAAGAAGUCUGGGCCGUUGCAAUAGUGGCGAAGUCGUGUCUGAAUCCCAAGGCUUCUAGACGCCCUUCAAUGAGACAUGUACUCAAAGCAUUGGAAAACCCUUUUAAGGUCGUGAGGGAGGAAAAUUUAAGCUCGGGGAGGCUUAGAACAACUUCAUCGAGGAAUUCGUGGACUGCUGCAUUCUUUGGUAGUUGGAACCACAGCUCAUCGGAAAGUUCUAAUAGUCAAACGAAC